AUGGUGACCACGAGAAACACCAGUACUGACGAGACGGGCGGGAUUGUGCGCGCCUUGGAGAUGAGGAUGGAAGAAAUGCAAAGAAGACAUGAAGAGAUGCAAAAGAAACACGAAGAGGAGAUGGCGGCCGUGCGAGCCGAGUGUCUAGCUCAGCUCCGUGGGGAGAAGGAAAAGCAGAUGGGGGAAGGCAGUAAGGAGGCCCAUAGUAGUGCGCAAGGUCAGGGUGACCAAGAGAAAGGGAAGCAGAGGGACGCCGAAGAGGAGGAGAAGGAGAAGGGAGAGGAAAGUUUGGUGUUAGUUAAAUCGGAAAUGCCGUCGGUGCCGGUGCCCUUCGUUCAAGCCGUAAUGGACGUCCGUAUCUCAGAUCAAUUCAUUCCCCCGCAAUUCAAAAUGUACGACGGCACGGGAGACCCUGAAGCACAUGUCAAGUCAUUUACCAAUGCCAUGGCAUUCCGGACGGGAAGCGACGCCAUCUGGUGCCGGGCAUUCUCUCUGUCCCUUGAGGGCGAAGCCUUAGAGUGGUUCAACUCCAUACCCAAUGGCUCAGUAGAAAACUUCAAGGGGUUGAGCGGCAUGUUCAGUGACCAAUUCGCCGCAUACCGACCGCAAGAUACCACUCUGGUUGAUCUAAUGAACUUGAAGCAAGGAAAGGAGGAGGCGCUCAGAACCUUCAUGGACCGAUUCACAAAAACGGUUCGUAGAGUCAGGGGAUUGAGCGUGGAGAUGGCCCUACAGUAUGUGAUGCCCGCACUCAGGCCGGGACCCUUUAAGGAGAGCGUCUGUCGGACUCCACCCAAAACGUUGGAAGAAUUACGCCAGCGGGCGGCAGACGAGGCGAGGGUGGAGGAAAUGAAACAAAAUUAUCGGAGGGAGAUGCAGGACGCGAAGGAUAAGGGUGAGGGAAAGCAACAGGGUCAAUCACAACGCACGGGAGGAGUAAAGGGGCGAGAAGGCCCCCGGGUCCCUCGCUUCCCCCAAUACACUCCCCUCAAUGCUCCCCGGGCACGGAUAUUGCAGGAAGCCCUAAGCACACAGGUAAUGCGGACCCCGCAAAAACGACCAACUCCUCCGGGAGCCGAUAGCAGCAAACACUGCCUGUACCAUGAGAACAUGGGCCACGACACCGAAGAUUGCCUGACGCUCAAGGACCGGAUAGAGGAGCUCAUCCAGGCAGGACAUUUGAAACAAUACGUAAGAGGAUAUCAGAAUGAAACCGCCCCCGCCGGACGUCCGGCCCCAAGGGAAAGAAGUCCGAGACCAUUAUCGGGCAGGAGACAUAGGGAUGACCGACCGCGACAUCCGCGUGGGCAUGUCGAACAGAGAAGGAGCGCGGAGGGACAAAGGGAGAGAAGCAGGAGCCGUAGUAGAAGCCGCACGGGCGGAAACACAGGACCACUACAGGGGAUAAUUAACACCAUUUUCGGCGGAUUUGCAGGAGGAGGGACGUCGUCGUCGGCACGAAAGAGGAGCAUCCGCCACCUGCGGACCAUACAUGCCGUCGACGUUCCCCGGCGGACAAUGCCGCCCAUCACAUUCUCUGAUGCAGACUUCCAUGCCCCGGAUCCUGAACAAGACGACCCUAUGGUCAUCACGGUCGAGAUAGCACGGUACGGAGUAAGCAAGGUGUUGGUUGACCAGGGAAGCUCGGUCAACAUACUAUACUGGAAAACAUUCCAACAGAUGGACAUCUCAGAGGACCUCAUAGUUCCAUUCGAUGAACAGUUGGUGGGUUUUGCAGGAGAACAAGUCGACACCAAAGGCUACCUGGACCUAUGGACGCGUAUCGGUACCGAACGAGAGACCGAAGAAAAGAAGGUGCGAUACUUGCUGGUGGACGCCAACACGUCUUACAACGUCCUCAUAGGACGUCCAUGCUUGAACUCCUUCGGCGCCAUCGUCUCUACCCCCCACCUAACGAUGAAGUAUCCCACAGCUCAGGGGACGAUCUGCACCGUCCGAGCCGAUCAGAAGGUGGCACGAGAGUGUUACGCGGCCGGGCUCAAGAUGUACCCCCGGGAGACAAGAAGAAGGGCGAACAGCGCCAAUGUCGCUAUGGCCGACCUGGACCCCCGAACUAAUACUGAGGACCGACUCGAGCCGCAAGGGGAAACCCAACCCAUGAUAUUGGGAAAAGAUCCCCGCCAAAUCACCAACAUAGCCCAAGGACUAGAGAAAGAGAUGGAAAAACAACUACGGGCUACUCUGUGGCGUAAUCGGGACUUGUUCGCAUGGACGGCCGCCGACAUGCCAGGAAUUCAUCCCUCCAUCAUGUCACAUCGCUUGUCCUUGUUCAAGGAAGUCAGGCCGAUCGCCCAAAAGAAGAGAAAGAUGGGAGAAGAGAAGAGGAAGGCGGUCCAGGAGGAGGUAAAGAAGUUACAGGUGGCCGGGUUCAUUCGAGAGAUCACUUAUACAACCUGGCUAGCCAACGUGGUCAUGGUAAAAAAAUCGAACGGUCAAUGGCGAAUGUGCACAGACUAUACUGACUUGAAUAAAGCUUGCCCAAAGGAUUCAUACCCACUGCCCAGCAUCGAUGCUCUCGUGGACGGAGCGUCCGGACAUAAGAUCCCUAGUUUCCUGGACGCCUAUUCGGGCUAUAACCAGAUACCCAUGCAUGGCCCUGACAGAGAAAAGACGGCUUUCAUGGCUGAUCAAGCCAACUUCUGCUACGAAGUCAUGCCCUUCGGGCUAAAAAACGCCGGCGCUACCUACCAGCGUUUGAUGAACAAAAUUUUUGCUGACCAGAUGGGACGUUGCUUGGACGUCUAUGUCGACGAUAUGGUCGUCCGAUCGGCACAGGGGGACCAACAUCUACAAGACUUAGAGGAAGUCUUUAAACAAGUACGCCGAUAUGGGAUGAGACUCAAUCCGGCCAAGUGCACAUUCGGGGUGGCCGCCGGCAAGUUCUUAGGGUUCAUGUUAACCUCCCGGGGGAUCGAGGCGAACCCGGACAAAUGCGGAGCGGUGUUGGAAAUGAAAACCCCCCGAACCGUGAAAGACGUUCAAAGACUGGUCGGUCGUUUGACCGCGCUGUCACGAUUCAUACCUAAGCUGGCCGAACGGGCAGCUCCCAUCUUAAAGAAAAUGAAGAAAGCAUCCGCCAACAUAUGGGACGACGAUUGUGAAACAGCCUUCGGUGCAAUCAAAAGCGUUCUCACCCAGCCUCCUAUCAUGAACCGACCCUCUCCCGGCGAGGAUCUCCAGGUUUAUCUAGGAAUCUCCGGGACCUCGGUCAGUGCUGUCUUGUUGCAGGAAAAACCCACCCCCAAACUAAUUUACUUUGUCAGCCGGACGCUGACCGAUGUCGAGACCAGGUACCAGCAAGUGGAGAAGGUGGCCUUAGCUCUCCUUCAUGCGUCUCGAAGGUUGCGCCCAUAUUUUCAAAGCCACCAGGUCGUCGUACGUACCGAUCACCCGGUGUCAAAAAUCCUCAAGAAGCCUGAUCUAGCCAGGCGGAUGGUCGGCUGGGCAGUGGAAUUGUCCGAAUUUGGCAUUAAAUACGAACCAAGAGGUUCUGUUAAAGGGCAACAUCUAGCUGAUUUCGCGGCUGAAAUGCCCCCAAUCGGCUUCGAAGAGUGGAUGUUAUACGUCGACGGGGCUUCGGGGCGAACGGUUAGCGGGGCAGGGAUCGUUCUGGAGGGACCAAAUGGCUUCCUGAUGGAACACUCGUUAAUCUUCAAAUUCAAAACCUCAAAGAACCAGGCAGAGUACGAGGCCCUGUUGGCGGGGUUGCAGUUGGCAAAAGAUAUGGGGGCCCGCAGAGUAACAUGCCGGACCGACUCACAGCUGGUGGUCGGCCAAAUGAAUGGUGAUUUCCAAGUACGAGAAGAUCACCUCUUGAAGUACUAUCACCAGGCCUGCUCUCUGGUGAAGGAUUUUGAGGACGUAAAAAUUCAGCAUAUUCCCCGAGAACAGAACGCCCGGGCCGACCUACUAUCCAAACUCAGCAAUGGAAAAGAGAAGGGGCAGCUGACGACCAUCAUCCGACAGGUCCUUCUGCAACCCUCUGUAGAGUGCUUAAGCAUCACGACGGACGAGGCCACUGACUGGAGGGUCGAGGUUCGGAAGUUAAUCCAUAAGCAAGAUAGUGGCGAGAGUCUAUGUCCGGCGGACUCCAAAAGAAUUGCCCGAUUCAUGAUAAUCGGUAAUGACCUGUACCGUCGGGGUUUCUCGUCCCCCCUACUGAAAUGCUUGGCAGAUGAUGAAGCGUAG